AUUAAUUCAAUUGAGAAAAUUUCCCAAAUGUACACAACGCUGCGUUAUGCGCCCGCUCGGCCUCUCUUCGCCGCCGCCGUCGCCGCCGAAUCCAACGUCGCCUUCUCCGCCCCUUUUAUUCCGUCACCUCCCUCCUCCUCCUCCUCCUCCUCCGAGCAAUGCCUUGGAGAUCCCGCGACGAUGGUGGCCACCCGUCUCGAGGCUUGCGCUGACCACCGUGAUCUGGCGCGGACGCAUGCCCAUGUCCUCCGCUUCCAUCUCCUCCGCGCAUCCUUCCACUGGAACGCCCUCAUCCGCUGUUACCUCCGCCUCGGCCGCCCCCGCGCGUCCCUCUCACUCUACGCCCAGAUGUGCCGUUCCGGCGCAACUCGGGACCGCUACACGCUCCCUCUCGCCGUCAAGGCCGCCGCGCUCCUCUUUGCCUUCGCGUCCGGGGUUCAGCUCCACUGCACCGCCGUCAAGCUCGGAUUGGCCUGCCAUGAGUUCACCGAGAGCGGUCUCAUCAGCCUCUACGCCAAGGCCGGACUUUUUGGCUCCGCGGCGAAGGUGUUCGACCAAAGUGCGCACAGAAAGCUCGGUUCUUGGAAUGCCAUCAUAAGUGGCCUAACGCAGGGCGGCCGACUGAGGGAAGCCAUGAAUGCGUUCGUGGAACUACGGAGAAGCGGGCUGGUGCCCGACGACGUGACGAUGGUCACCUUGGCUUCUGCCUGCGGGGGUCUAGGCGACAUCGAUCUGGCCGAACAAGUGCACAAGUGCCUUCUGCAGGCCGGCCGCUCAGGGAGGUUGGAGGUCACGCUAUCGAAUUCUUUGAUCGAUAUGUAUGCUAAAUGCGGCAGGACUGACCUCGCCCGCAAGGUGUUCGUUAGAAUGUCAAGGAGAGAUGUUUCAUCUUGGACAUCCAUGAUAAUGAGCCUGGCAGUGCAAGGGGAAGAAUCUACCGCACUGGACGUCUUCCAAGAAAUGCAGGUGGACGGAGUGCGACCGAACCAGGUGACCUUUGUCGCCGUGCUGAGCGCCUGCGCCCACGGUGGUCUGGUGGACGAGGGCAUGAACUACUUGGAAGCAAUGACCAAGGAAUUCAAUCUAGUUCCCACCGUAGCCCAUUACGGUUGCAUUGUGGAUAUGCUGGGCAAGCUGGGGCAGCUCGAGCAGGCGAGAACCGUAGUGGAGACGAUGCCAAUGGAAGCGAACGCGGUGGUUUGGGGAACGCUCUUGGGCGCGUGCGAGAAGCAUGCUAACGUCGAGGUUGGAGAGUGGGCGGCUAAGAAUUUGCUGGACCUGGAGCCUUGGAACGACGGCGUUUAUGUAGUGCUGUCAAAUAUUUAUGCAGAGGCAAAGAACUGGAGGGAAGUGGAGAGAAUUCGAAAACUGAUGAAGGAUAGAAGAGUUGCUAAGGCCCCAGGCUACAGUUCUUCAUCAACAUAAGAUGAAAUAUGUAGUGUGGUCAUCUUAUUCCUUCUUAUUAUUACAAUCAAUCGACUAAGCAUGAUGCAAUGGCGACUACAGAAUUUGAAUCAGAAGCACAAAUUGGGUAAUAGCAAUUAGUAUUCCGAGAGAGCUGAUCGCAGCAGCGUAGGAAGUUGCAGGUAGCUGGGCCGGUGCUGGCGCGGGCGAUGUCCAACUGC